CCCCCCGCUUCGGUGCGGGGCCAAGCAUCCAGGUACGAGGGCCACCAGCAAAACUACGAGGGCGACAGGCCGAGCUUCCAGGGCCACAGGCAGAGAGCUUGGAGGGCCACCGGCAGAGCUGCGAUGGCCACGUGCCGAGCCAUGAUCAGAGCGUGAAUUACCUACCCCGCUUUCGCUUCCUGGCAAAACCAAGUCAUACCACGCGCCUUCUCGUCAAGCGGCCUAACCAGUGCAGGCCUUAGUUUGUCAUCGCUUGGUACCUAUUGGAAGCGAGGGUGGUCAAAAGCGAGAUAUGUCUGUUUGCCCCCUAAAUGAGGACCACGAGCUGAGCUGCACAGACACAGGGCAGAGCCGCCAGAGAUGCCGGCUCCUUGGGCGACCAGCAGACCUUCGAGAGCCACUCUACGACAGCCACCAGCAGAGCUACGUCGGCCACCGUCUGAGCUCCGAGGGUCACCAGCACAAUCACGAGGACCACCCGCUGCGGUCCGAGGGCGACCAACUGAAGUACGAGGGCCACCAGCAGAGCUACGAUGGCAACGAGCUGAGCUACCAGGGCCACCAACAGGCCUUCGAGAGCCAACAGCAGAGCUACGACAGCCACCAGCAGAGCUGCGACAGCCACCAGCUCAACGACGAGGACCACCAGUUGAGAUACGACGGCAAGAGGCAGAGCUUCGAGGGCCACCGGCGGAGCUCGGGGGCCACCAGCAGAGCUACGACGGCUACCCGCUGAGCUACGAG